ACCAUCAUCAUUAUUCAGUACAAAGCACACAUUCAAGGAAAAGAAAGAAAAAAUCUAACAGAAAAACACAACUGUGUGAGAUAAUACUAAAACCAAGAUGAUUUAACAGAGCAAGAGCGUGUUUAAGAGGAAUGGACAGAAGAGAAUCAUAGGAAACUAUGAAACGCAUGACUUUUGGGAAACAUGUUAGAGGAUGUGCAAGCAAACAACAUUUGUGUUGUCAAUCUGGCUGUUUGGUGUUUGUUUUAAGGAUAUUAAAUAUUCUGAACCGUCCAUUUAUUAUUUUUACUUUCCAUUUUUUGUUUUUCCUUUUAUGUUUUUCUGCCAACCGUUUCUAUUGAAACUAGAGUGAGAUAACUCUGCGUUUCUUGUGGUAAAUGGAGUUGCAAAUGAUCCAUGAACCAAGAAUGUGAUGCUCAGGAGCAAUUUUGACCUCUGGGUUGUUUCUAACUUCAAAUAUUGAAUGACGAGGAACAUAAUUUCAUUCUCGUGUUGAGAUUUAGAGGGAAAACAACAACACAGAAAGUGUAACUUUCAAUAUCUGCAUUUGGGCCAUGGGUAAAGUUUGCUUCUUUCAUCAGUGAUAGAAAUGAUUUCGGGGAUUUUUUGUAUUUUUUACUCAUUUAUUUUCAUGUCCCGCAAAUUUAGGCUAUCUAUGUUUUUCUUGCUUCACGUUACAGGCAUGGAUUCUCUAAAACAUUCUACUGAUCAUUCUGUCUGAGAACUUGGUAUUCUAUUUUUGUUAUCUGUAUUCAAAUGUCGUACUCUACACAGAUUGCAUUCUUGUUCAUCAGAAACUUUUCAAAACCUCCCUUUUCUUCAUAUAUUCAUUUCAUCACUUUCAAACAAGAUAAACAGUCAAUGUAAUUUGGCAGAUUUAUGCAAAAACAGAAAUUCUUGCCCUGAAAACUGAAUGUGAUAGCCAAUCCUUUGGCCCCUUGACUUGGAUAAUUACAGUGACGUAGUGAUAAGUUUGGCAAGAUGAGAAGUUCAAGAGGUCGCAGCAUGAAACAUACACGUUUGUUUCAUCGUGAAGAUCAAAGAAGUCAAGAAGAAAAGAACAUUGUGUGGGAGAGACUGGAGGGUGAUACUGAUAAAAGUUUUAGGACAAGGGAGAUUCCAGUGAAGAGGUUGUUGAAUGUAGGGCAUUUUACAAGUGCUUCAGGGGACUUGUCAAAGUUUAGCAAGGGAAAGAACUUUUCAGCAGGAAUGAAUGUCAUGGACUAUGAUGUACCUGAACUGGUUGUUUUUAUUCAAGAGGAUAAUGAACAGUUUGUGAAGGACACUUGCAUUGGUAGGGGAGUGCCACCAGAAGGCAAGUGCCUCUCAGAAGAUCAUGAUAUGAUGUCAUGUCACUUUGACUCUGACAUUAAUAGAAGAAGAGAUCCAAAUCUAAGGACUAUGGAAGCAUUUUCAGACAAUUUUAAAAGACUAGAAUAUGCUUCUAAACCUCUUUCCCUUAAGGAAGCAAUGGAAUUUUAUGACUCCAGAGCUUUAGUGAUUGAUGUUGAAGGGGAUUCAGGAUACAAGAUUUCAACUGAUCACCCCAAAAAGAAGACAACACCAGAGACCCUUAGAGAGGCAAUAGCAACGGAAGCAGACUUUUCAAGAUCUCUCAAGAAUUGGCAAAUAAAUUCAUUUUUGGGUACAGUUGGCAGAAGGGUGGAGUUUCCAUGUUGUGCAGAUUGUGUGCAAGUUGCUGACACAAUCAUGUGUAGGUCUGAGAUGUGUAACUCACAAAGUCCAACAGGUUCAGGAAAAAGACAAGACAAUGAUCCUCAAGAGACUUGUUUCUGUGCUGAGGGCCCUCUAUCUGGCGGUCCAACAUCAUAUGCUGCUCCUGCAACAACAUCCAGCAAUGCCUCUCAUCACUCUAAUGACAGCAUAAGCAGCACACAUUCAUUUGCCUUUCCCAUCUUACCUGAAGAAUGGAAUGGAAGCCCGGUGAGAAUGUUGGAAGUUGAUAAAAGUCGAUUAAGGAAGGACCUAUGGCAGAAGAUAGUGGUAUUAUUCUUCUGCUGCAAAAGUUGAUUGCUAAAAUUUUGCAGUUCGG